AUGCUCCGCUGGCCCAAUUCGAUGGAAACCACAGAUGCUGCACCCGACGAGCACAGCGCAGAUUUGGCCUUUGUGGAUCACGAGAUUGCCUCUCGCGCCAUCGAGAGCAUAAACGAGCUCAAGCUCUCUGACAAGCCCUUUUUCCUCAAUGUCGGGUUCCGACUGCCACACACCCCGUGGAUGAUGCCGAUCCAAGAUUGGAACGAGUAUACAUACGAUGACUUUGCACCCGGCCUGGAUGAACCCCUGCAGCAACCCGCGGACCAUCCGUCAUUGGCCUACGCUUAUCCGCAAUCAAAGUACACCUCCCGCAUCAUGGCCACCCAUGAAACGCUGGGAGGAGGCACGCCCAUUGAAUACAGAGCCGGCAAAGACUUUUCGCCGUCCCACCCCUUGCCAACCCUCGUAACGCAAGAGCUUCGUCGCGCCUUUGCAGCCUGCAUUACCUUUAUGGACCGCCAACUCGGUCGUGUCCUUGAUACCAUCGAAGCAGACCCAAACGUGGCCAACAACACGAUUGUUGUCUUCACUUCUGACCACGGGUUUUAUCUUGGCGAACUUGGGUUGUGGAAGAAGCAGCUCGUCUACGAGAAGGCGGCCCUUGUCCCUCUCGUCAUUCAUGAUCCAAGAUACCCGGCGCAACACGGCAAGGUGCAUAGCACCUCUUUGGCUGAGCUGACUGACCUUUAUCCGACCUUUGCCGACCUGGCCGGUCUGCCUCCACCCGAAGAAGCCAGCGGCGUGUCUUUGGCCGGUAUCGUUCGCGGCGAGGCCGACCUGGCCCGCGAUUCGGCUCUUACUCUGACGGCACGUUGUGAUACCAAACACUAUCCGGACUGGGCGCGAAAUGAAUGUAAAAUCAAGGAGCUCCGCAACGAGGAGGCUCAAGUGAUGGGCAUCUCCAUUCGCACCACCAAAUAUCGCUUCACCACUUGGGUGUCCUGGGAUUUCCUGAGCAACAAAGCCGAUACCAAACUUGAGCCAAAGGCCGAUGAGCUGUAUGACCAUCGUGCUGAGGACGCAAGCGUGCUGCCCGCCAUCGAAGCCGUCAACCUCGCCGCUACCAAGGAUUAUAAUGCCGUCAUUGAGCUCCUGCGCCACAUGGCCUGGGAGCGCAUGGGUAUUGAGACCGACUUUGCCCUGACUCACAACGCUGGCGUUGAUGUGGGGCAAGCCGACACGCCAGACGGCCUUGCUUUUGCUCGCUUCGAUUCAAAUGAUGCCCACUUGUUUCGUGGCAAAUCCAUGAACGAAUGCCAAAUUCUCUGUUCCAUCUAUCGCAACUGUGCUGGUAUGUGUGUGUGUGUGUGUGUGUGUGUGUGUGUGUGUGUGUGUGUGUGUGUGUGUGUGUGUGUGUGUGUGUGUGUGUGUGUGUGUGUGUGUGUGUGUGUGUGUGUGUGUGUGUGUGUGUGUGUGUGUGUGGCAUCGGGCUCGCCAGCCUCCUCAUUCGUGUGUGUGGUGGUAUUUCCGACGGACGAUCGAGCCAAGAUGUGCUACGGCAUCAGCUACAUCGACACCAUCUUCCCCGUGAAAGCGCAACGCCCCGACGUGCUGAGUUUCACGAUGGCAGCCAAGCGAGUUAUUAUCACGGGCGGAUCCAGUGGCAUUGGGGCAUCGCUGGCGCGCAUGCUCGGCCAGCAGGGCUGCCAUGUCUUUAUCACGGGUCGCAAUGCCGCAUCCCUUCAAACUGUGGCCGAUGAAGUCCUGGCGGCAGGUGCUGCCUCGGCUCACGUGUCUGUCGGUGAUGUGAGCAACGAGGCGGAUGUCUCCCGCCAGUACCAAGAGGCUGUUGAAAAGAUUGGUGGGGUUGAUGUUCUCGUGGCCAACGCCGGCUGUGGUGGGGGCAGCUCGCGGGUUGAGGACCUGUCAGUUGAGAUGUAUGACCGCAUGUUCAAUGCCAACGUGCGAGGCGUCUACCUCUGGCUGCAGCAGGUACUGCCAGCCAUGCGGGCACAAAGUGCGGGUCAAGUUGUCAUCACGUCCUCUGUCGCUGGAUUGCGCGCUUGUCCUCAUGGAGCUGUGUAUUCCGCCUCCAAAUGGGCCAUUACGGGCCUGGCUCUCGCCGUUCGUCGUGAGCUUGAAGGCUCGGGUGUCAAGCUGGCAACCAUCAACCCGGGAGCAGUUGACACGCCUUGGUGGUCAGAGCCAACGCGAGGGGGCAAGCGUGACAAGCCAGCGCCGACGCGCAUGCUCAAGCCAGAAGAUGUGGCUGCCUCAAUCAUGCACAUCAUCAACCAGCCUGCAACCUCAAACAUUGAAAUGCUGUCCCUGGAUCCCUAA